AUGAGCUUCUACCACAACGAUCAUGAUGUAGACACCGAACAAGACGAUCACAAUCACCUCACAGGUGAUGAAGUUAUUUGGAGAAUAAUACAAAAUGAUCAGGAAAAUAUGCAUGAUCAUCAAAGUGGUGGUAAACCUCCAGCCUCUAAAACAUUUAUGAGAAAUAUGGAAGUUAUUUGGUUUGAUCCGGAAGAUGCAGAAGAUGCUCAAUAUAAGGAUGAAUCAUGUCCUAUCUGUGGAGAGGAAUAUAAGAAGGGAGAUCAGUGCCAUAAAUUAGAGGACUGUAAUCACUUCUUUCAUAUCAAGUGUUUGAAAUUGUGGUUUGAAAAACAUAAUACUUGUCCAAUGUGCAGGAAAGAUGUUCUCACAGAUGACCCUGAAUAUGAAGAACAAAAAUUGGAUCCUUCCAGAUUGAAGGAUAACAUCCACAGCAUGUACAUGUAA